AUGGAUGACAUUGGAACCGUUGGUAUCAGUAAUUAUGCACAAGAAUCUCUUGGAGACAUAGUCUUCGCACAACUGCCAGAUCCAGGUACCAAAGUCAAAGCUGGAGACGAAUGUGGGGCUCUUGAAAGUGUCAAGGCGGCUAGUGAAAUAUACUCUCCAGUCAGUGGUGUGAUCACUGAGAAGAACAAUAAUGUUGAAAAUAAACCAGGCCUCAUAAACACAUCUAGUUUUGACAAGGGAUGGUUAUUUAAACUACAAUUGACUAAUCCUGAAGAAUUAAACGAGUUGAUGAGUGAAGAAGAUUAUGAGAAGUUCCUCAAAAGUGAUGUUGAAAAAGACCACACA